CAGCAUCCUGAGCAGCAACCCCCUCAGACCGGACGGAGCUCCGCGGAGUGAAACAUCCGUGUCUGCCGCUCUCCUCCGGGUUUCUCGCUCUGUUUCCAGCUCCGCGGGUUGGAGUCCGAGCUGUGAGGACUUGUUUUAUCCCAGUUUUACGUUUCUGAAGCGCUAACGGGGAUUUCCCGGUAGCAGAGCCCAGAGGAUGAACCCUCAGUGUGCCCGCUGUGGGAAGAUCGUCUACCCGACGGAGAAGGUCAGCUGCCUGGACAAGAACUGGCACAAGGGAUGUUUCCACUGUGAAGUUUGCAAGAUGACUCUGAACAUGAAGAACUACAAAGGCUACGAUAAGAAGCCCUACUGCAGCGCACAUUACCCAAAGACGUCUUUCACCAUCGUGGCGGACACGCCAGAGAACCUGAGACUCAGACAGCAGAGUGAGCUCCAGAGCCAGGUGAAGUACAAGAAGGACUUUGAGGAGAGUAAAGGUCGAGGGUUCAGCAUCGUGUCCGACACCCCGGAGAUGCAAAGACUCCGAAAGACGCAGGAGCAGAUCAGUAACGGCCUCACCUUCAGGGCCUCACCUUCAGGGCCCCACCUUCAGGGCCUCACCUUCAGGGCCUCACCCUCAGGGCCCCAUCCUCAGGGCCUCAUCUUCAGGGCCCCACCUUCAGGACCUUGCCAUCAGGGCUUCACAUUCAGGGCCUCACCUUUAGGGCCCCACCUUCAGAGCCUCACCUUCAGGGCCUCACCUUCAGGGCCCCACCUUCAGGGCCUCACCCUCAGGGCUCCAUCUUCAGGGCGUCACCCUCAGGGCCUCGCCUUGUCCUGA